AUGUUGCAAAAUAAGACACCGGUGGGCAGUGCACACCCGCCUGAUUACGGAGACUGGAGUGGAGAUGCCACAGAUCAACAGACAGAUCAAUACUCCAGAUGGGAUCCGCGGGGAUGGUCCUUGAAGAAGAAGAUUUUCCUAGCGGCUGGUGUUGUCGUGGUAAUUGUGGCCGUUGUCGUUGGCUCUGUUCUAGGAGUGCGAGCCAAUCGGUACCCCGAUUAUUCGAAACUAAACUACACCUUGAAAGACAACUUCUCUGGCUCGUCCUUUUUCGACAACUUUGAAUAUUUUACUGGCGCCGACCCGACCCAUGGAUUUGUUCAGUAUAUCGACCGAGCUGCAUCCACAUGGCUUAAUCUGACAUCUGCCACGGACACCUCAGCGGUGCUCAAGGUGGAUACGACAUACAGUGGAUCAGAGGCUGCUAAUGGGCGCCAAUCUGUGCGAGUCACAUCCAACAAUACCUAUGCAGAUGGGCUUUUCAUCUUCGACGUUAUUCAUACCCCGUACGGGUGUGGUACGUGGCCGGCCCUGUGGCUGACAGACCCUAACAACUGGCCUGAGCACGGAGAGAUUGAUGUUGUGGAAGCUACCAACGCUGGAACCUUUGGAACCCAAUCGACGCUUCAUACAUCAAAAGGCUGCUCGAUGGGCGUUAAACGGAAAGAAAGCGGCACCGUGGAUAAUGAAGAUUGUUACUACGAGGCGAAUGGGUAUACCGGCUGUGGUGUAAAGGGCACUGCCAGUACUUAUGGCCCUGAGUUCAAUCGCCAGGGUGGCGGAGUUUACGCGAUGGAACUCCGUGACGCCGGUAUUCGCGUAUGGCAAUGGAUCCGUUCUGAGAUCCCGUCUGAUAUCACUUCGGGCAGUCCCGACCCAUCCACAUGGGGUAAAGCAUUCGCAGACUUCCCCAGCACAGAGUGCGACAUCGGCUCGCACUUCAAGAACCAGAGUAUCAUCAUAAAUAUCUCUUUGUGUGGUGAUUGGGCGGGAGCCAGCAAGUACUACACGAAACAAAGUAGCUGUCCUGGCAACUGCAAGGCAUUUGUGCGGGACAAUGCGACUAGUUUCGACACCGCAUACUGGGAGUUUGGUGGCUUCAAGAUCUACCAGGCCUCGUGA